UGUUCCUAUCUCUCAUUCCCAGCGCGCGCAACUUCGGAGUCCGACAGUCCGUGACGUUCUUCGUUCUUGGUUCUUGACAUUUCCCAUUUUAGCGGAGCUGAACAUCAACUCUUUUCUCCAAGUUUAUCGGCCAUGAGAAGUCUCCGCCCCAUCUCCAAUUUUCUACGUCAAAGAUCCGCUCUCUGGGCAGAAAAUCACAUCAGACAAGUUUUGGGCGUCGAAGCAGCCCGCCGGUGGUUUACUGACCAGACGAGCUCAAGAAGCGCAGCGAUAAUCACGAAUGAGAUUGAAAAAAUCCGAAUCGAGUUCGAGGGUGCAAAACAGUCCUUCGGCAACAUCCCCGCGGCACUAAGGAAAAUGCCUAAGAUGAAUCCUGAAGGCAUCUACGUGAAUAAGAAUCUUAGGCUGGAUAAAAUACAAGUGUAUGGGUUUGAUUACGACUAUACACUGGCUCAUUACUCGAAGAAUUUGCAAAGCUUGACGUAUGAUCUUGCCAAGAAGUUUCUUGUUCGUGAGCUAAAGUAUCCCGAGAGCUGCUUGCAAUUUGAAUACGACCCAUCUUUUCCCAUCAGAGGCCUUUACUUUGACAAGAUGAAAGGUUGCCUUCUGAAGCUUGACUUUUUUGGGUCCAUAGAGCCUGAUGGUUGCUUUCUUGGACGUCAGAAG